AUGGCGACGGAGGAAUCGAUGAUGGAAUAUUUUGAUGAGGUGCUGAAGGGAGGUAGCAAAGAGUUGGUAGUCGACGAUGACCUUCAGGAGAUGACUAGGACGGCCGUCUGGACCGUCAGCUCCUACAAGCCUCCUGGCAAUGAUGUUACGCGUCUCCAUGAUAACAACAUGGAAACAUUCUGGCAGUCCGAUGGCGUUUUGCCUCACCUUAUUAAUAUUCAAUUUCAGAGGAAAGUGAAGCUAAAGAUGGUGGCCGUUUACGCCGAUGUCGAGCUGGAUGAGAGCUACACACCCAGUCAGAUAAGCAUUAGGGUUGGAGAUGGUUUUCAUCCUCUAGAGGAAGUUACAGUUGUGAGGCUUGUGAAGCCAACUGGCUGGGUAUAUAUUUCGCUAUCAGGAGAUGAUCCGAGAGAAACUUUUGUAGACACUUUCAUGUUGCAAAUAGCCUUUUUGUGUAAUAAUUUGGAUGGGAAGAAUACACAUCUGCGCCAGGUGAAAGUUUACGGGCCACGACUUAAUCCCGUCCCACUCCAACCGUUUCAUUUCACCUCAAAGGAAUUCAUCACUUACUCCACUAUCAGAUGA